GGGGAUAGCUGUGACAGGCAGUAGUUUAAGGAAAGACUGCAGGGAACAGAGCGGUGAGAGAUAAAGCAGGAGACCUGACUGACACCAAAAAGCUCUGUUGAGGCAAAUCUUUACUGCAGAGCCUGGGCAAAGUGCUGAGGGGAUAAAUCAUGGGGGUGUGCAAUGAACAAGGGGCGGACCCUGGAGCCAGAGACCGGUCAUAUGAUGAUCAAAGACAGAAAAGGAGGGUCCCCCUCGCAGUCACCGCACCCCCUUUGUCCCAUCGCAGACAACUCAGCAAGAGAAAAUACAUGAUGUUUGUGGUGGGGGGAUGGACCCAGGAGGACCCAUCCUGUUUGGUAGAGCAGUUCUGUCCUGAGUACAAUGAGUGGCGGGCUGCAGCACGCAUGGUCAACAAUCGUGGCAAAGUGGCCGUGGGCACGCUGGACGGCAUGAUCUACACAGUGGGGGGGGGAGGACCACAUCCGCUGUUACAGCAGUGUGGAGAGAUAUAACCCCAACACAGACAGCUGGAGCACAGAUGUAGCACCCUUGAGCAGCCCCCGCAGCGGAGUGUGUCUGGUGGAGAUGGACGGAUACCUGUACGCCAUUGGAGGACACGAUGGCAUCGCUGCUAUUAAUACUGUGGAGAGGUAUGACCCGAGAAUGAACACAUGGAGCAAGCAGGCAGCGAUGCUGGGCAGACGCAGUGGGGGGGUGGCUGCUGUGCUGCAGGGUCAGCUGUAUGUGAUGGGGGGCAAUGAUGGGGUGAUGGCUCUCAACUCAGUGGAGCGAUACAACCCUGUAGACGGUACCUGGUCGAUAUGCGCCCACAUGCUGAGUCCCAGGGAGAACGCGGGCUGCGCCGUGUACCUGGGACACAUCUACGUGUCCGGAGGCAGAGACGAGCUCAACCUGGAGCUCUGCGGAGUGGAGAGGUUUGACCCGGACAACAUGAGGUGGACUCCUGUCAAACGCAUGAGGAGCAAGAGGGACAAUAUGUCCCUUGUAGUGUUCAAUGGAGCCUUGACGGCUGUUGGAGGCUCUGAUGGUGUCACCAAUCUGAAAACAAUUGAAGUGUACUGUCACGUAACCAACACAUGGAGACACUUUGGAAGCAUGAAGAGCAAGCAUCCAGGAGGCAGAGUGGCUGUGCUAUGCUGAGACUCGACAAUGUUCAUAUUAUAUGAAUAGGACAGAGGUGUUAGAGAGAAAUAGUCUAAUGGAUGUACGCCUGGCUCCACAGACACAUUGUGAUAUGGUUUAAGUAAGGCUGCAUAAUGGCCGCAUAAUUGAAGAGUUCACUCUAAAAUAAGACAUCGCUGCAUUACCCAAAGCUGCAGCUGCCGGUACAAAAUGACUACACGUAAUAAAUUAGAGGACAUUAUAGGCUAGGACAUUUUCAUUAAAGUUAUGGGUCUUUUUAUGUGUCGAGCUUAAAAACAUACCCUAUUUUAGAAGGAUGAAUCAGCAGCAAAUAAGUUUCAGGUGUUAUAUGUAUUUGUCAGAGAGUUGGAUUUAGAAAUAGAUUGCACCAUAAUAAUAGCCAGACCAGCACUGGAUGUUUAAUAUAUUAGCAAAAUCAUCAGCCUUGCAAUUAAAACAAAUGUCAGAGUGCAAUGUUCAAAGUGUUAGAGUUUAAAAAUAAUCACUGGUGUUUCACAAAAUAAAAUACCACUUGUAAAUAUAUUGAUUUGCAUGUAAGAAAGUAACAUGUAUGAGCCAGAAAGAUGGAGGUGAUUGGAUUCUUUUUUUGGGUUAAAGCAGGAUUCAAGUGACAGGAUACACAAUCUUUUGAGCAUUGAGUAUUUUAGUCAAUUUCAGCCUUGAUGUUUUGUAGAGGGAUAUUUUGAAGGUGAAAAACUCAGUUGGCUCUUGGAAGUGGAGAAAGCUACUGAAUAUUUUAGAAAUAUGGGCUUGUAAAGCAGCAUAAUGAUACAGAGUAAUGAUGUGAUUUAUAUGUUAUGAGCCUUUUGGAAUUGCUACAAAAAAAAUUCUGUGUUUGAAUUGUAGAUGUUCAUCAUAUUUCUAUAUGUUGUAUGUACACUUAGCAUCUGGGAAUAUCUGUGCUGCUAUCAUAUUUUCAAAUAGCCCUUCAGCAUUGACUGUAAACAUAUUAGUCUAUCAUAUUUCAUAAUUUAGCGUGUGUAAACAUUUACCAAAAGGCACUGCAGCCACAGAACUGGUAAGAAAAUGGGCUGGAUCAAGUUGUGGAAAAGAAAUCUGUGGGAAUGAAGAUCCUGAGUGAGUUAAACGAAUGAGUGAGAUCUGUCUGUUGGCAUGGGAAAGCAUAAGUGGCUGUGUGGGCUUUGAAAUGAUGACGCUCAGAGCUCUUUCCCCUGGAGAAUAAUGGGCUGAAAUGUGGAGAGGCUGAGCACAAGGAACGCACAAGGAACGCACACAGAGCGACGCGGCUUUUCCGGAGAGACACACAACCCAGCGGUGUCUCCCUAUAGUCACUUGGCGAACACAGAAUGAAUAUUUUUUUCAAUAUGAGGGGGACGAUUGUGAGACAAAUAGCAGAGGACAGAGCUCUUGCAGGUAUGUUUUUAACAAAUGAAACAUAACAGAUGUUGCCUAAAAGUGAUUGUUGAUUACUAUAAGUUAACUGGGCUUUGCAUGCACUGUGUGUAUCCCCUAUUAUUGAUGUUGAAUAUAUCAAGAAUAAUCAAUAAAUAACUUGUUAUGUU